AGAGAGAGAGCGAGAUCAUUUUGCGAGGAAAGAAAAAAAAAAAUCAACCAACGCAACAAACCACGAGUCGGACGCUGACGAGUCGGACGUCAGUGUACCGUUCAUGAUAAAUCAUUUGAUUUGGGAUUAACAAAGCUAUAUAUUCGGAGGGUCUCAAGUAGUUUGAGCGAAGUCAAAGCGGCGGCUGGGGAACCCAUAAUAAUCUCGGGUUGCAUAAAUUACCUGAGAGCAUAUUAAGGCUAUUUUUUUUUCCUGAAUGAAUUUACACCGUCCGAACUAAUUUUGAAACAUUAUGACUGUGUUUGCGAAAAUUUCGAAUUUGACAUUAGCCCGCAUUAUACGUAAUCGAAUCCGUUAAACAGAACACCAGCGCAAUUCUGUUUUUGGAUCCCUCGCGACCUCCCUGAAAUGUAACCGCUUGUCUACAUUAGCUGGUUGCUGGGACCGCAGCUGUUCGAAAUUACGGACAACGUUUGGUCGUCAUCUGGAGUGGAACACCUGGUGCAGAUUUAUCCACAGGAAGGAGGAUGGAGAUUCUGCAGGUGAUGGAGGAGAUGUGUCGAUCAUCGCCGCGGGGUCUGCUACUGGCGUCAGUGUCUUUGUUGGUGGCCGUGCACCUGUGGCUCUGGAUCCAGCGAUGGAGGAACGCUGACGGGCCGCCGGGUCCGUUUCCCUGGCCAGUCAUUGGGAAUGCUGUUCAAAUGGGUAGCGCACCGCAUUUCUACUUCAGUCGCAUGGCGGAGAAAUAUGGCGAGGUCCUUCAAAUUAAGCUUGGCAGCCGGACAGUUGUGGUGCUCAAUGGCGAUGCGAUCAAAACGGCCCUCGUCAAAAAGGGAGCCGAUUUCGCAGGAAGACCCGAUUUCACCUCUUUUCAAUUUGUCUCCAACGGCAAGAGCAUGGCUUUUGGAAACUACAGCGAUUGGUGGAAGGCACAUCGAAAAAUUGCCCAAACAACUGUCCGUACAUUCUCAACAGGCAAUGUGCAGACUAAGAAAGUGUUCGAAUCUCACGUGCUGUGCGAAGGCAGAGAGCUGCUGCACCUUUUCAUGAAAAUGACAAAUGAGAACAAAUAUUUUCAACCGCAUAAGUAUCUGACAGUAUCCACUGCAAACAUAAUGAGCGCUGUGUGUUUUGGGAAGAGGUACUCCUACAAUGACGCUGAAUUCCAGGCACUGGUCGGUAGAAAUGACCAAUUUACCAAAACAGUUGGUGCUGGAAGCAUCGUGGACGUCAUGCCUUGGCUCCAGUAUUUCCCAAAUCCAAUUAAAACCAUCUUUGAAAACUUUAAAGUUCUCAACCGGGAAUUCUACGAAUUUAUCAGUCAAAAAGUCGCUGAGCACCGAAAAACAGUUCAGUCACGCACUGUAAGAGACAUGACUGAUGCAUUCAUUCUGGCGCUUGACCAUGGUUUAACCAAUUCUGCGGGAGUGUUCUUGGACAAAGAAUACGUGCCACCCACGGUUGGCGACAUAUUUGGGGCGAGCCAAGAUACACUGUCAACUGCUCUGCAGUGGAUAAUUCUGAUACUUGUUUCCAGACAUCCAGAAGCAACUUCGAGAGGAGGUGGACAAGGUGGUGGACAGCAGCCGGCUGCCCAGCAUCGAGGACCAGCCCCGGCUGCCCUACGUCAUGGCCUUCGUGUACGAGGUCAUGCGGUUCACCAGCUUCGUCCCCUUGACCAUCCCUCACUCCACCACUACCGACACCUCCAUCCAGGGCUACCGUAUCCCCAAGGACACCGUGGUCUUCAUCAACCAGUGGUCCGUCAACCACAGCCCCGACAAGUGGGUACAACCGGAGGUCUUCAACCCCAGCAGGUUCCUGGACGAAAGCGGGGCCCUGGACAAAGACCUGACCAGCAGCGUGCUCAUCUUCUCGCUGGGGAAGAGGCGCUGCAUCGGGGAGGACCUGUCCAAGAUGCAGCUCUUCCUCUACACCACCCUGCUCAUCCACCAGUGCCUGUUCACGGCCAACCCGGCCCAGCCGCUCAGCUUGGAUUUCCAGUACGGCCUGACCUUGAAACCCGUCGCCUUCACCAUCGCAGUUCAGCACAGAAACUCUAUGGACCUGCUGGACACUUACAUGCAACAGCAUGCCAAUGCAGAGGCCAGCGGGGGAGCAGAAGCGUCAUCAGAACAGAACUAAUCACACACACACAGAUACGCACACUCAUGUAUGCACGCACACACACACGCACACAGACCAAUUACAAGACAAAAAUGAAGGUCAAAGGAAAAAUUAUUUUAUCACUGAAGUAUAAUUAUGUGCCAUCAGGUUUCACCCUGCUCAUAAGAGUAUAGAUAUGUUUGUUUAUAGAUGCAACACUCAGGCAAAAUAGAUUCUUAUAUUUUUAUAUAUUUUCGCUUUGUCACUUUGUUGUUGUCACCAUCAGUGAAUUAAUCUUUUGUAUAUUUGAUUAUCAGUUUAAAUUAGAGUUAAUAUACAUGGCGAGAUAUACAGUACAUGCACACUCACACUUAAACACACAUAUAUACAGAUGUGUGUGGUGUAAUGUUGUAUAUUCAGCUGCAUACUAUAUGAACAAUCACUCCUACAGGGGGUGGAAGAAGUUCACUGGGCAUUAAGAUAUUAACGUCGAGCCUGAACCAUGAUUGGUCAGCAUAGUCCGAUAGUAACUCUGAGCAAUGAUAGGCCACAAGUGGCACACACUUUAAGGCGAUAGUCAUAAUGAUAAUACUAAAUAUGAAAAUCAUUUAGUAUAGAUAUAUGAUGAGUAAUUUUGAUAAGUAGUGUACAUUAUAAUAUGAAAAUGUUUAAGCUAAUAUGUCAAGCCUCAGGGGAUACACAGCUGUGGUGUUCUUUGAGCAAGAAAAGGCUCUCACAACUGUCCUGAACUCAUUGGUGAUUUUUUAACAAGUAUAUACACACAGAAUGGCACACACCCAGAGGUUUGUGAGGUGCCCAUUAACGGAGUGAUAACUAAACAAAAUAAGAGAGUUGCACACUCAGGUUUUUCCUUGCGUUUAAUACAGGCACAAAGGCACAUCUUGCUGAAACAUUGGUAUUAAACAUAAGCAAAGGAGUGAGUGUGCGACUCUAAUUUUUCAAUCAAUUAAUUUAAUCAAUUUCACAAAGGAUCACUUAACUGUGUUUAAGGUCAGGUUUCUACCUUUUAAUCAUAAUAAGGGACUGGGUGAUGUUCAAUAACUUUGAUGACAGAAAAUAGAUCAAAGAUUGUUUUUAAGCUGCUACUUUCCAUUAAACUAAUUUAAUAUGAGGAGCACAUGUGGUAGGAAUCAGCAGCUGGUUAGUGAUGCUUAUUACAAUUGUCAGAAUAACAAACAUUACAAACAGGUGUAUUUUAGAGUGGGAGUACUGACCUGGGGUCAGUUUUGCCUUUAAGGCGGUAAGGGUUAGCUAUGGACAAGGGAAAACUGACCCUACAGUAGAUCACCACUCCUACUGUGAAAGGCUUUAUAAAAAUGGCCUGAGGACACUUAAAGCUGAUCUACUAUCCUCUCCUAACGCAUAGCCCAUGGGCUAGCACUGGGCAUAAACCAUAUAUUACAAAAUAUAUAAAAGUAUUGAGCAGAUCAACUCUGUAGCACACAUCUUUCAGAUGUUUAAUGUCAGAAACCUUUUCUUUUUUUUUGUGUCGAUGAUUCCAUGAAUGGUACUUAGGAUCAUAAAUGUAAUAACAGAGCAGUGGAGAGCUGUCUAAUCACAAAUCUCAUUAUGCGCACACUAAUAUACAAAAAAUGACAGAGUGAGAGGGAAAACAAUAAGAAUGCCAGUCUCUGAGCACUUUAGUUACCUUUAGUUCUUUUUGCAUCUAUGCCCUCGUUCUGCUGUUGUAUCUCACUCUCAUUCGCAGGCUUGCUGACUUUCCUCCUUUUACAAAAGGAAAUAUAUGAAUCAGGGAAAAUCAAAGAGAUGAUCCAGCUGUGGCAGGUGUUAGGAGAAGCAGAGAGGACAGAUUGAGAGCUCCCCACAGGGUGGUGUGUUGAUAACAGUGAAGGGAAUCUGUUCUCCUAACACAGCGAAGCACAUCUGUCUCAAUGUGGGAAGUCAUGUGGGAUUAUCCUCUUAAUACUGUCAGUACUUUAAGUGUUAUCAUUUAAUGUAAAAUAAACUGGUUGGACAUGUAGUUUUGACAUGCUUGAUGACAGCUAGUUUAAUUCCUGUAUGCACUGUCAGAAACAAUGCGCAGAAACUGUACCAAUAGGGGUACAACGGCUUGUCACUGGGGUACUACCCUCAAAGGUAAGCCCCUUACACUUUUAGAUGACAAUUCCAAGGUACAAACAUGACCCAGUGAGGGGACAUUAAUAUGAAUUGUACGUCAGAGAUGAAAAAACUGACCCCGAUUCUUUGUUGAAUGUUGGUUACCUUCUAAAAGGUGCACAAGUGCAGUAGAACUAUUCGGAAAAGCAGGCAAGCUGGCUGACAUUUUGUGCCAUUUCGAUACAGAGCAGUGGAAGGAUGGCUCCCCCAGGCUGUGUGUUGGGCUGUAUGUCACGGAGAACUUGGUCGGUGUCUUUGAACUGAUGUUUCAUACGUUUAUUGAAUGGUUUUACUCAUUUUAGAUCUAUAUUAGAUCACAGUUUUUUUUACCAACAUUCGCAAAGGAGGUUCAUGUGCUCCAUGCUGUUUUAGACACAGGUAUUCAGGCAUUUCUUGGUCUGUUUCUACUGCUGAUGAUGUGUAUAAGUUCAAACAUAUAAGAGGUUGCUCUGGAAAAAGUGUAUGUACAGCCUGUCAAUAAGUCUAAUUUAACUUGCUUGUCACAGUAUGAUAAUUUCUGCUUUGUAUAUUUUUGUAAUAAAUAUGUAAUAUAUUUGAUAUAACUUUGUUGUUAUAAGGAAUUUAUCAUAAUAUUUAUAGAACCAAAAAAGAUUAUCAUGAAUCACAUUUAUAACCUUUGGAAAUUUUAGGAAAAUAAACCUACUUUUAUUGUG